AUGUUCAACAGUUAUGAUAACUUUGGGGUCAAGAACGACUUCCACGCCAGAAGUCAGUGGCGAUUAAAUCCGGGCUUCAACGAUGGCAAACACCAGCAUGAGAGUGACUUCGACAUCGCCGACCUUGGCUCCGGCAUGACCAAGAUGGUCAAUGGCAUCAAGGACCUAACAAUCAAGGGGACCAUGUGCUUGAGCCCGCGACAGAAGGACACUUUCCAAGCCGAGCCGUGGCUACCAGGCCCGUACGAGAGCGAGAAUGAUGGCGGCGCCAACCACCCCAAUGCGGCAUUAAGGAACGAUACCGAGCACAGCAGCGUGACCAUUCCCACUUCGCGUUCUUUCCACGACGGCCCAGCAAACCGUACCAGAAGUAAGACCCGCAUGGGGAGUGGCAACACGGCAGACGGCUCUGCCAACUCGGCGUCAUUGUCCAACCCGCCACCCGUACGGCGUCGGAAGGUCUUGACGGGACCAAACAAUCGCAAGCGAAGGAGCGCAACUGUCGACAAUUAUGGAAGUAAUGGCGGCCCGAGUCUGCGUCGCCGGUUCCCCAGUUCGGGUGAACGAUCUUGCAAGGAGGCCGUCAAGGCGGUCACGACUCGUCGGUCCCAGCGGCUCAAGCGGGCUUAG